GUGUGUUAGAAUAAGGGACCAGCAGGUCCGGCCCCUCUGUGGGUACCUCCCAGCUCCGCUUGGGUCUAUGGAGGAAAAACUCCGCUGGGUCGGCAAUUUCCAUGGCCGCAGCCGCCUGCGGCACCAAGGCCAUGUCCCUCUUCAAGCGCACCUUGGUGCUGAGCCCCACCGCGGCACCCAGGGGCCCAGGCGCAGGCACCCCGCCGCGGGGCUGCAACUUGCCUCACACCACCUGGCCCUGCAAGGACUGGCCUCGCGGGGAGGGCGGUUGCUGCAGGCUCUGGAGCCGUCUGCCCCCCUCCCACUCCUGCCCCUCGACAUCUCCCACCUCUGUGUGUCUUCUCUGCCCUCAGGACUCGCUCAGCAGCAGCUUGAAAACUUGCUACAAGUAUCUGAAUCAGACCAGUCGCAGUUUCGCAGCUGUUAUCGAGGCCCUGGAUGGAGAAAUGCGGAAUGCAGUAUGCAUAUUUUAUCUGGUUCUCCGAGCUCUGGACACUCUGGAAGAUGACAUGACCAUCAGCGUGGAAAAAAAGGUUCCACUGUUACACAACUUCCACUCUUACCUUUACGAACCAGACUGGCGGUUCAUGGACAGCAAGGAGAAGGAUAGGCAAGUGCUCGAGGAUUUCCCAACGAUCUCCCUCGAAUUUAGAAACCUGGCUGAGAAAUAUCAAACAGUGAUCGCGGACAUUUGCCGGAGAAUGGGAAUUGGGAUGGCAGAGUUUCUGGAUAAGCACGUGACCUCUGAGCAGGAGUGGGACAAGUACUGUCACUAUGUUGCCGGGCUGGUGGGAAUUGGCCUUUCGCGUCUCUUCUCGGCCUCAGAGUUUGAAGACCCUUUAGUGGGUGAAGAUGUAGAACGUGCCAACUCGAUGGGCCUGUUUCUUCAGAAAACAAACAUCAUUCGAGAUUAUUUGGAAGACCAGCAGGAAGGAAGAGAGUUUUGGCCUCAAGAGGUUUGGGGCAAGUAUGUCAAGAAGCUGGGGGAUUUUGCUAAGCCAGAGAAUAUUGACUUGGCUGUGCAGUGCCUGAAUGAACUUAUCACCAAUGCCCUACACCACAUCCCAGAUGUCAUCACUUACCUCUCCAGACUCAGAAACCAGAGUGUGUUUAACUUCUGUGCUAUUCCACAGGUAAUGGCCAUUGCUACUUUGGCUGCCUGUUACAAUAAUCAGCAGGUGUUCAAAGGGGUGGUGAAGAUUCGAAAAGGACAAGCAGUGACCCUAAUGAUGGAUGCCACCAACAUGCCUGCUGUGAAAGCUAUAAUAUACCAGUACAUGGAAGAGAUUUAUCACAGGAUCCCCGACUCUGACCCAUCUUCUAGUAAAACAAGGCAGAUCAUCUCCACCAUCAGGACACAGAAUCUUCCCAACUGUCAGUUGAUCUCCCGAAGCCACUACUCCCCCAUCUACCUGUCCUUUGUCAUGCUCUUGGCUGCCCUGAGCUGGCAGUAUUUGAGCACACUGUCGCAGGUCACAGAAGACUAUGUUCAGACUGGGGAACACUGAUUUGCAUUUGUCUGGAAGCUGAGGUUCACCACGAAAUGGAUUUACUUUUUCUUCAAGGAUGGAUGUUGGCUUCCUUUUAUUUUUUUUCCUUCCAUUUUAAUCCCCACCUAAGAGAAAGCUGCAACCUAUAGGAUGCUGAGAUACAGCUGAGGAGAAUAUGAAAUGCAAAGGAAAGGCUGCCGCGCCCUCUGCAGCCUGGUCCUCGGGGUGGUGUCCACUUCGCUGCUUGUGCUGACGGCAGAGCAUUCUGUGCUGCGGAUUAGGUGAAAUGCUUGCAUGGGGGACUGUCACGAGGUCUUAUUUAGUGUAAAUCAGCUAGAAUUAUAAUUAAAUGUACUUAAUUCGAAGCAACCUUUGACUAUUCAUCAUAGUAGAAAGUGAAGAGAAUUUUCUCCUGAUUUUGUUUUCUUUAAUUGGUUUGAGUGGAGUAAAUGAAUGUUCUAGGUAAUACGCCCAUGGAAUAAAAUUCUGGGUAUUAGGUAUUUUCUCAUUUGAAAGGAGUUCAGCUUUCAGGAGGAAACAGCAGGAUCGUUUCUGGCCCUGUUGUGAUUUGCCUCAGUAAAGAUGCACAUUUUGGGGGAGAGAUUUUUCUUACUUUUUAAAAUUUUUUUUAAAAAUUCUUUGAGAGAUAGGGUCUUGCUCUGAUGCUCAGGCUAGAGUGCAGUGGCACUGUUUCACCUCACUGCAACUCAGUACCCUUGGGCUCAAGCAGUCCUCCCACCUCAGCCUCCCAAGUAACUGGAACUACAGUUGUGUGCCACCAUGCCCGGCUAGGUUUUUUUUUUUCCUGUAGAGACAGGGUCUUGUUAUGUUUUUUUUUUUUUUUUUUUUGCAGUUUUUGGCUGAGCUGGUUUGAACCCGCCACCUCCAGCAUAUGGGGCUGGCACCCUACUCCGUUGAGCCGCAGGCGCCACCCCAGGGUCUUGUUAUGUUGCCCAGGAUGGUCUCAAACUCCUGGCCCCUAGAGAUCUUCCUGCCUCAGCCUCCUAAGAUGCUGGGGUUACAGGCAAGAGCCACAGUGCUCGGCCAAGGAAAUUUUUGUGAUAAAGAAUUCAGUUACUGGUGGCGCCUGUGACUCAAAAGAGUAGGGCACCGGCCCCAUAUGCUGGAGGUGGUGGGUUCAAAACUGAAAAAAAAAAAGAAUCCAGUUACCCUGUGUGUUUGCCAGGUGCAGUUCACUUGGAAACUUACAUGGCCCUGAGAAGGGUGGAGGUCAAGAAUGGAGGGAGUGAGGGGCGGCGCCUGUGGCUCAGUGAGUAGGACACUGGCCCCAUAUACCGAGGGUGGCAGGUUUGAACCCAGCCUCGGCCAAACUGCAACAAAAAAAUAGCUGGGCAUGUGGCAGGCACCUGUAGCCCCAGCUACUCUGGGGGCUGAGGCAAGAGAAUCUCCUAAGCCCAAGAGCUGGAGGUUGCUGUGAGCUGUGACGCCAUAGCACUCUACCAAGGGCAAUAAAGUGAGACUCUGUCUCUACAAAAAAAAAAAAGAGAAGAGGGCGGCGCCUGUGGCUCAGUGAGUAGGGCGCCAGCCCCAUAUGCCGAGGGUGGCGGGUUCAAACCCAGCCCCGGCCAAACUGCAACCAAAAAAUAGCCGGGCGUUGUGGCGGGCGCCUGUAGUCCCGGCUGCUCGGGAGGCUGAGGCAAGAGAAUCGCGUAAGCCCAAGAGUUAAGAGGUUGCUGUGAGCCGUGUGACGCCACGGCACUCUACCCGAGGGCGGUACAGUGAGACUCUGUCUCUACAAAAAAAAAAAAAAAAAAAAGAGAAGAGAAUGGAGUGAGUAAGGGAUGAGUGGCCAUGUGCAGCCACAUGAAGUCAGUGCGGACAGUCCCAGGAGUGGCGUGUCUGGCGGACUCCACAGGACUGCUGUGAGUGAGCAGGCUGCCUUCUCUUGCCCUGCUGGCCACUCUACUUUGGGUGGAUUCUCUUAGCUGCAUUCAGAAUCCACACACACCCCCACCCCACCCCCGGCCCCCAGCUUUUUUUCUUAUUUUAAGUUACCAGCUUAUUCACUAAAUUCUCAAGAAAGGUAAAGGAUGCUUCCAGGUGAUUGGUUUGAAAGCUGAAUGGUCCUUAGCUGGAUUCUGCCGUGGAGUUUUACCUCUGGGCCCAGCAUGGCAGGGGGUGUGGUGCACCAAGAGGCUCACUGAGAUUCCAGCGUGGGUGAGGAGGACACGUCCCAGAUUGAAACUCAGUGUUCUAGAACAUUAAUGCUGUAGACACCUAGCUUACAGUCUCUUCUGCUACAGCCCAUUGGUGACAAUCACUGGCUCAGCAUCAUUACAAACGCGCUGAUGCUCUUCCUGUGCACUGAUGCCUCUGAGACAAUUGGCUUGGUGUGGACCAGGAAGGCUCAGCUCAGGACAAGUUUAUCACAAUGCUGAAGCCCAUGUAACCUGCCAUAUGGAGCACAAACAGCUAUAAUAACUUAAGCAUCAAAACUUGCUUGAGGAAAAAAAAAAAAAAACUUGGGAGAUUUAAAAGACAACGUGGUGGGAAGAGCCUGGGUCUGAGGUGGACAUACUGGAAGCUUCUCUCUCAGCUCAGAGUGUAGGUGAUCUCUUUCAGCUGUGAAACUGCAAUUUUUUCCUGUUACCACUGACUUGUACAGAGAUCUUAGCUCUCAUUCCAUUCUGAGGCUCUUUGAAAGUCUGUUUGCCUUCUGAGUAGCUUCUCUGAGGUUGUCAGAUAAAAUACACGAUACCCAGUUAAACUUGAACUUCAGAUAAACAAUUCUAUUUUUUAGGAGAAUUAUACCCCAUAUAUUGCAUGGGAUGCAUUUAUAUUAAAAACUUACUUAUCCAAAGUUCAAGUAUUUGGGCAUCCUGUAUUUCUGUUUGCUGACCCUGGCAGCCCUACUGUCUACUGCCCACCUCUAAUGUAAUUAGUUUAUAGCAUCCCUGACAUUUUGUCUGGUUCCCACUUAGAUGUGGCGUAUUUUAAGUUUUCCUCAGAGGAGCAUCUUGACCCACCUGAAUGUAGGGGUUGAGAAUAAGAGACCUGGUCAGAAACAGCUGGGAGCAGGAGGCAGCCUGCCCUCCAGGGCCUGGAGGGCUUCCUGGAGCUCCCCUUCCACCUGCUGAGCCACUUCCUGGUGCUUGGGGGAGUGUGGGGAAGAAGGGGAGCCAGGCAUCUGCUAAGUAAUGGUAUUCUAGAUUAUUCUUUGCAGUUUUGGAAACAGCUCUAAGGCUGUGGCUCUCAAACUUUGGUACGUGUAUUAAACUUGUCUGAUUGCUGGGACCAUUUAUGAUGCAGCAGGACUGGUGGUGCCUGGGAACUUGCAUUCCUCUCAAGGCCUCAGGUGAUACACGUGGUGCUGGUCAGGGGAGCAACUGGAAGACCACUGCCCAAAAGCUUGUGUGUACCUGGGAUCACCUGGGGUCUUGUCCAGAGGCCCCAUGUUCUCUCACUGCGUUUGUAGCAGCUCCCAGGUGAUGGCAGCAUGCUAGUCUGUGGGUCACUUCCUGAGUGUGGCUCUCCACGUGUUGGAGAGGUGAACUGCCUACCUUUGUUCAGUCUAAACUUGAACUGUCACCUGCUGCUGUCAUCUCAGGAAGGCCCUCUAACUACUGAAUUGCACAGUGAUGAGAGUGGCGAUCAACAAACAGGUUGUUUGAGGUUUAUUAAAAGUACGGAGACCCAGUCCAACUAUGUGCAUUUCAAGGCGAGUCUCACAGUCUCCUUCAUGUGGCUGUGAAGAUGCCCCAUGCCUCAUUCUGCCACUUCAUGUAGUGCAGCCCAGCUAGGGGCAGGGAUGGAGUUGUAGGUGGGUACAUGGGGCUGCUUGUGGGGGGAACAGCAUGGCAAUAAUCUUUCAACUCAGUUUGGGAGAGGGAGAGCUAUGUCAGAACUUGAUUGAAGUUAUGAAUGUAUUCUAAUUGAAAUUGUAAGAAUAAAGUGAUUAUGAACUCGUG